UCCUGGCCCAGCUGGGCAUGAUUGGGCACAGCUGGGACCAGUAUAAAAGAGGUGCAGAGGUGCAGGUAGGGAUCCUGGACUCCCCGAAGCUGUAAAGGAACAUGAAGCACAGACAGGUAUCCAUGGCGGGCUGGGUGCUGUGCGUGACGCUGGUGCUGGCAGCACUCACAGGGGCUCAAGGCCAGACCUACCAGAAUUUCUUGCAGAGGCAUGUGGACAAUCCCCGGACAAACCUGGCAGGACAACGCUACUGCAACAUCAUGAUGGCGCGGCGGGGAAUGACAAGGCCCGUCUGCAAGCCACUGAACACUUUCGUGCACGCCCCAGGCAUGACUGUGGCACGUGCCUGUACUUGGCCGCCCAAUGCCCAGGGGUACUACACCACCCCGAACAGGCUGAGUGUGACCAUCUGCCGCCUGAGAGGCGGGAACACUCGGCCACCCUGCAACUACCGGGCGGCGCAGCAGUGGCAACACUACGUGGAGGUGGCCUGUCAGGCAGGGCUGCCCGUGCACCUCCAGAAUACCUUCCCAUAGUGAGGCAUUCUCGAGGCCCUGGAAUGAGGCCUGGCUUGAGGGGGUGCCAAUUGUCUCUCCUGUCAGUGGCUCUGUCA